AUGAAUCAAGAGUUUAUCAUUGCUGAUGUGGGAAGCCAUCUUGCAGCAAUAAGCUAUGAGGUAAUUCUAGAAAAUAUAGUUGUUACUAGUUAUAUGGAAAUUAGGACAUUAUUUCAUAUGAUUCUUGAUAAUGAUGGGAUUGCUGCUCCAGGCGGAAUUCUUAGGCCAGGUGACAUUUAUAUCAACAAGGAAUCACCAAUUGAUACACGUACUAAAAAUAAAGAUCCUAGAGAAAUGCCUGAUGGGGCAUAUCAGUCCACUGCACAAACAUUUAAAGGUCAUGGCGAUGAAACCGUUGAUAGGGUAGUUCAUUACAGUAACCAGAACAAGAACAUGUGUAUCAAGUUUCGAACCCGUUGCACUGAUAGGCCUGAGGUUGGUGACCAAUUUAGUUGCAGACAUGGGCAGAAAGGGAUUUGUGGAACAAUUGUCCAGCAGGAAAACAUGCCAUUUUCUGAGAAUGGCAUUUGCCCAGAUCUGAUUAUUAAUCCUCAUGGAUUCCCAAGGCCUAUGAGAAUACUUGUUCCUAGUAUGCAUGGCUAUAACUAG